AUGUUAAGCGAAAAGUUGACAUUGUUAAACACGCUCAACGAUCAAAUAAUAGCCGUAUGCAAGGUGGAAGAAAUUGAGAAAGAAAUAGAAGAGACAGAAACAUUAACAAUGCACAUCAUGGACACGAAAGCGGGCAUUUCAACGAGGACAACGCCUCCUGUAACGAAAGUCGUUCCUGGUGAAAUUAUCAAACCUCCAGCACAAGUUCAUACAAAUGUAGAGCUGCCAGAACAUCCUACAGCGUCUUCAGGAUUUACCAAUCAAGGAAUACAACCCUUUACGAAUCCCUUCAGCUCGCAUCAGCCUACCUUGAAAGCGAAAUUGCCGAAGUUUUUCUUAUCCAAAUUCUGCGUUUCGAUAACUAGCUGGAUCAGUUUCUGGGGUGCUUACAAUUCUGCGGUUCACAACAAUGCAAUGUUAUCUAAAGUCGACAAAUUCAAGUACUUAAAUUCCCUUUUGGAAGGAGAAGCGAAGCGAUCUAUUCAAGGCGUUACUUUGUCAGAGUCAAAUUACGAUUCAGCGGUGGAAAUUCUUCAUGAGCGCUCCGGGAAACCCCAGCAAAUGAUAUCUGCUCAUAUGGAUGAAAUCGUAAAAUUACCACCGAGCACAAGUGAUCGACCAUCUUCGCUCCGUUUCGUUUACGAGAAAUUAAGUGUUCGUGUGAGAGGAUUGAAGUCUCUCGGUGUCACAGCUGAACAAUAUGGUAGUUUGCUAAUCCCUAUUGUUAUGUCGAGGCUUCCCGACGACGUUCGAUUACAGAUUACACGAAACGCCUAA